AUGGUGACGACCCGCGGCUUCGACGGCAUGAUUAGAAUGCUAUCCAAAUACGGUCAGGAACUAAAGAAUGGAGACGCUCAAUAUUUGGCCCUCUGUGCUAAUAUUGCACACAAGGCCGCAGACACGCUCGAGAAACGCUACGGUUUACCUGUUUUGUACAUUAUUUACUUCCUGGAUCAGGGAAUCGUCAAUCAUGCCUUUAAAAAUGUUGGACUUCUGGCUACUCGAGCCUCCCGACUUCGAGAGCGGUACGGGCUGGAGGUUUUUGUGCCCAUGAAGGGGUUCGGGGAGCAAGCUGAUAGGUUGAUCUUUGAUGAACUUAGCAAGCAGCCUGUUUCGCAGGAAGUGAAGACUACUUUUGAAGACGCCUAUGCUAGCCUCCUCCGUGAUCACCAGGUAGAUUGUGUUGCGCUUGCUUGUACUGAGCUUAGGCUUGUUUUUAUUGCUGAUGAAUUGAAUGUGCCGGCCUUUGAAACAACAACUCUUCAUGCCAAGGGGAUUGCGGAGUGGGCUCUGCAGAAGGAAUGA